GCACUGACCACUGCCAUGCCCUCUGCACUCUCCACGAGGCCCUGGGAUGCUGCGCUCCCCAAUGCCACCAUGGCAGCCUGGACCAAUGGAAGCACGCCAGAGACACCCCUGUUCCACCUCUUUGCCCAACUGGAUGAGGAUCUGCACACAGACUUCCCCAGCCUGUGGCUGGCUCUAAUGGUCGUGCACGGCACCAUCUUCCUUGCCGGGCUGGUGCUCAAUGGACUGGCACUGUACGUCUUCUGCUGCCGCACGAGGGCCAAGACACCUUCAGUCACCUAUACCAUCAACCUGGUGGUGACUGACCUGCUAGUCGGCCUGUCCCUGCCCACACGCUUUGCUGUCUUCUACGGUGCCCGAGGCUGCCUGCGCUGUGCCUUCCCUCAUGUCCUGGGCUACUUCCUCAACAUGCAUUGCUCCAUCCUCUUCCUCACCUGCAUCUGCGUGGACCGCUACCUGGCCAUCGUGCAACCUGAGGGUUCCCGCCGCUGGCGCCAACCGGCCUGCGCCAAGGCUGUGUGCACCUUCGUGUGGCUGGCAGCGGGAGUCGUGACCCUGUCCGUCCUGAGUGUGAAGUCUGGUGGACGAUCAUGCUGCCGUGUCUUUGCUCUGACCGUACUGGAGUUCAUGCUGCCUCUGCUGGUCAUCAGCGUGUUCACAGGCCGUAUCAUGUGUGCACUGUCUCGGCCAGGCCUGCUACGCCAGGGCCGCCAGCGCCGCAUGAGGGCCAUGCAGCUGCUGCUCACGGUGCUAGUAAUCUUCCUGGUCUGCUUCACACCCUUCCAUGCCCGCCAGGUGGCUGUGGCACUGUGGCCCGAUGUGCCUCACCGCACAAGCCUCGUGGCUUACCAUGUGGCCGUCACCCUCAGCAGCCUCAACAGCUGCAUGGACCCCAUCGUCUACUGUUUCAUCACCAGUGGCUUCCAGGCCACUGUCCGAGGCCUCUUCCACCAGCAUGGAGAAGAGUUCAAACCCAGCAGUAUGGAUGUGGUCAGCAUGCACAAGAGUUCCAAGGGCUCGGGCCCCCAUCACAUUAUCAGCUCUGGCUCUCACACCCUCACCCAGCCUCUGACCAGAGCCAUAAGGGCCUGAGCCAUAAGAAGUGCUCUGCCAAGGGUCAAAGUCAAGGCUCUGGGAGGUCGCCAGCCAGGCACGUCCUGGGCCUGGCCAGCAAGUUGGUUUCCCAUUGAUCCAUUGGAUAUGACUGCCCAGUAUGUAUUGAUAAACUGAGCCCACUGUACUGUGAUUGAUUAGCAAUGUCUGCAAAGGGUUCCAGAUAGAGUAUGAUGGUGUGAAUGCUGGAUGCUUGCCUUUCCUAUGGCUCUGGAGUGUCCACUGGCUACUCAAAAAGGUAGCCAGGAGCUGCUCCUAGCCACCGUUAUUUUGUUCCCUGAAGAUUAAUGUUCUGAGGACUCCCAGAAGGGCUAAACACAACCAGAAGGGUCUCCAC